AUGGGUUCUUUAUUAUUUAAAUGCUAUCUGAAUUUAUCACAAUCUAACGGAAAUGGUCAGUCACAAACAAAGGAGACAAAUGGACGUAGCGCAGAGAAGCACAGUGAAGACUAUGAUCCACAUUUACAUCGAGUUGUGAAAAAUCCCACCACAAAUUUGCAAAGUUUUGCACACUUUUUGAAGGCCUCAGUGGGGUCGGGAGUUUUGGCUAUGCCGAGCGCAUUCGCAAAUGCGGGUUACAUCAAUGGACCCAUACUUACGAUAAUUAUUGGUGGACUGGCGCUUCACUGUUUGCACAUUCUGAUAAACUCAAUGUACGAGCUAAGUAAACGUAAGCGUGUACCUUAUUUGACAUUUUCUGAAGCGAUGACAGUUGGUUUGCAAGAUGGACCGCCUGCUUUCAAAUUUGUUCUACCCAUAGCAACUCCUUGUGUUGACGGAUUUCUAGCCUUUUAUCACUUUGGUAUUUGUUGUGUGUAUGUGGUGUUCAUUGCGGAGAGCAUCAAGCAGAUCGUUGAUGAAUACCUGGUGGUCUUAGAUAUCAGGCUGCAUAUGUGUUUCCUUUUAAUUCCACUCUUUAUGUUGUACAGCAUACGAAAUCUUAAGUUACUGGCUCCUGUCUCAUCUGCUGCUAACAUAUUGCUUAUUGGUGGCUUCGGCAUUGUGUUAUAUUACAUUUUCGAGAGUUUGCCACCGAUUUCGACGCGUGUACCCUUUCAGGAUGUCUCUAGAGUACCAAUUUAUUUUGGUACAGUACUGUUUGCUCUGGAAGCUGUCGGUGUAAUCCUUGCCGUGGAGGAGAAUAUGGAAAAUCCGAAAUCAUUUGUAAAGCCUUGCGGCAUAUUGAAUAUUGGCAUGUCAAUUGUUUUGUGCUUGUACAUACUACUCGGUUUCUUUGGUUAUUGGAAGUAUGGCGAUGAAGCUUUAGGCAGUGUAACCUUAAAUAUACCUCAGCAUGAAGUAUUAGCUCAAGUAGCGAAAAUUAUUUUCGCCAUUACCACCUGGAUGACUUAUGCGUUGCAGGGCUAUGUCACCACUGACAUCAUUUGGAAUAAAUAUCUUUCGAAGCGUACAAAGGAUACCUCCAAGCAUGUGCUAUAUGAGCUUUUGCUAAGAGCUUGCAUUGUGAUCUUAACAUUUUGUUUCGCUGUGGUCAUACCUGAUUUAUCGCUAUUCUUAUCGCUGGUUGGGUCGUUUUGCUUAUCUAUACUCGGGCUGAUUUUUCCUGCAUUACUACAAAUCUGCGUACAAUAUUACAGUGGUUAUGGCCGAUGGAAACUUAAACUAAUAAAAAACGUAUUACUGGUGGCGUUCGGAAUAUUCGGCGGAGUUGUCGGCACUUAUGUUAGCAUACAACAAAUUAUUGACAACUACAAAUGA